AUGGAUGAGAAGAUCGCUGCAGAAGAUCGAGACAUCGAUCUGCGUUCCAAUCACUCACGAUCACCGGAUCAAGAAGAAAAUGCUAGCGAAGCUUCAGAAACGGAAAGACAAAAUGACCUUCCGCCGGAACCUGACGAAAUGGAAGAGCCGCGCGACCUUAGCUCCCCGGAAAACCAGUUCCUAAUUGAAUCACCGAUUGAGGAAAAUAUCGUGCGAGAGGAAUAUAUUCUGGUGCAGCAGGUUAAUGAAGAGCCAGAGCUGAAUGUAGACCUAGACCUUGGAUAUACGGAGGAAACAGAAGAAGAGAGUGAACAGCCUAAAGUUGUGAAGGAAGUGCAUCAACAGUUAGAGCAAACGGAGGCGCCCGCUGAACCUAUGCUACAAUCUGAACCGAUUGAGGACCAUAUUGAAGGUUUAUCCGUUAUUGAAGAAGAUGAAGCGCUGAAAUCGGAAGGAGCCGAUAUUGUUCCUGAAGUGAUAAAGCCCCCGCUGACGGCUAUAACAGAGCAGCCCGCAGCUGCAGCACCCACCCAAUCCAAAUUACGAACUCCAAGGGUCCAAGUCCCAAAGAAAGGAAGCGCCGCUCCUCCAGGGAAGGCACCUCAGAAGGGCGCGGCCGAGGCGGCCAAAAUGCCUACGUCUAGUUCUGCUCGCUCGAUACGCUCACAAUCUACCUCAAGGACUGGCCUUAAUAGCCCUAGCCUAAAAACAGCUCCCAGCCUCCCAGCCACACCCAAGUUGACCCAGAAAUACUCGAACGUCAGGAGCCGCAUCGACUCCAAAACAAGUCACACUCCCACCGGUGGCAACAUCAAAAUCUUCCACGAGCCCCAAAGAUAUGGUGUCGGCUCCCGGGUGGGCUCCCUCCAAAACGUACACCAUCGCCCAGGAGGCGGCAACAUCCGAGUCGAGACGGCCAAAUUAAAUUUCAAGGACGAGGCCCAGCCUCGGAUAGACGCCCGCUCGGCCCAUAAGCCCGCACCAAGCGAGAAAAAGAUCUUGACCCAGAAACUUCAAUGGAAUGUGCAGAGUAAGGUUGGGUCGUUGGAUAACGCAACACAUACACCGGGAGGUGGGAAUGUCAAGAUUUUCCAUCAAAAAAUCGACAUCAACGCCGGCUCAAAAGUUGGAUCGCUGGAUAAUGCAGCACAUAACCCUGGUGGAGGGAAUGUGAAAAUAUUCCAUCAAAAAGUUGAUGUGGCAAAGGCCGGCUCAAAAGUCGGCUCUUUGGAUAAUGCUGCUCAUCAGGCUGGGGGUGGGAACGUCAAGAUUUUCCAUCAAAAGAUCGAUCUCACAAAUGCUGCUUCAAAAGUUGGCUCGAUGGAAAAUGCGGCUCACGUACCUGGUGGAGGCAAUGUAAAGAUAGAAGACCGUAAAUUGGACUUUUCGCGGAACGCCAGGUCCAAAAUCGGAUCGACUUCCUCGAUCAGUGGAUCAGCAACUUUAUCAAGAGGAUCGAGCGAACGCUCAAUGCCUGGCGCUGUCGACCCCCUUCGAGCUGAACAAAUCCUUGGCACUAUC